AUGCUGUCACUUGUGCUUUCUGCAGAGCUCUCAGGAGUCAACCAACUCCGCCCUCAGGACACAGAGGAUGAUCCUUAUUUUUACACGUUCAAGGUACAAUGUACGUCGUGUCGAGAGGUGCAUCCGAACUGGAUCAGUUUUACGCGGUUUGAACAGCAUGAAAUCCCCGGAAGUCGCGGAGAAGCCAACUUUGUGUGGAAGUGCAAGCUGUGUCAGAAAACACACUCUGCCACUGUGACAGCCGGCCCGAACGCCUACGAAGCCGACGAAAAGCGCAACGGUCAGAAGAUCAUCGAUCUCGAUUGUCGCGGGUUGGAAUUUAUCGAAUUCAAGCCGGAUGGAGAAUGGGAAGCCAAAGGAACCGAGUCGUCGACGCCGUUUACCGGUAUUGAUCUGUCGGAUGAGUGGUAUGAUUAUGAUGAGAAGGCGGGGGAUGAGGUUUCUGUUAAGGAGAUUAAUUGGGACAUUUUUCAACCCGUCAACCCGCGGCCGUAUUUGCAGGCUAGAGUCGGAACAGAAAUGAUCGUGCGCCUGAAAUGGGGCCAGACGGAAUACAAGGGCACACUGGAGAGCAUCGACUCUUACAUGAACGUGCUGCUGCGGGAUACGGAGGAGUUUAUCGAUGGGAAGAACACGGGAUCGUUGGGGUUGGUGUUGAUUCGGUGUAACAAUAUCCUGUGGAUGGGGUCGGCGGACAGUGUUGAAAUGACGGAGUUGGGGCUGAAGUAG